GAGCUGAGGUAAGGCAAAAAGGAGAGAGAGUGUGUGUGUUUGUUUGUGUGUGUGUGUGUGAGAGAGGUGCCUGUAAAGUCAGAGAAAAGCUGAGAGCGGCAGAAGAAAGUUGACACCGUGUAAGAUGCAGUGCGACCGCAACAAGGAUUAAUGAGAUAGCUUCUCUGGUCCGCACGGAGCAGAGCCGAGCACGAGGCGAGGCGGGAUGUCGAGCGGCGGGAAGGGGGGGCUCUGACGGAGCAUGCACACCGAUGCAGGUGUAAUAGGCGCAUCCGCAUGCAUUCACAGCCGCAUCAGCACUGCUGCACGGAGACACCGAGGAGGCUGAGGCUCACAUUCCCUCUCUCACACAAACAAUAGACGCACGCGCUUUCUGCACGCACCCACGCUAAACGCAAAGCGGUGUAACGGCACUCGUGCGUGGAUGGUUAGUGAGACGCUCGAGGACUCAUCCCAAGGAGAGGACGCAUAGCGGGGAACAUCGUAAAGACUUCCUGUCCCUCAUCAGAGAACUGGAUCCAGAGCUGUCGGACUCUUUGCCUGUCCCGAAUGGAACCCUCUUAAGGUGGACGUGGUACAUUAAAUAUUCAUGUCCCAAAGGAGCGCUGCCGUGUCAAGCAGCAAACCCACAGCCAUAAAUCAACACCGGAGGACUUUGAUUUCUCCAUUAUCGCUUCCUGCAGCGACAACAGAGGAACAGGCGUGCUGACCUGCCGAUGUGCACCGUACGAUUCUAUUUCUGGAGCCUCAUUGCUUUUACAGAUUAACUGCCCUCAAAUAUGGCCCCAAUCCGAUCAUUGCGCCACUAGUUUGAGUGCUGACGGAGGUUGUGCAUAUAUUCAAGCUUCAGAACACCCCAUUGUGCAUCAAUCCAGUCUGAAAGACCGCUGCCUUUGGAAAGCUGUGCGAGUGCAAACUAACACCUUGACUGUAUGUCACAACAGACUGAAAGUCAUUUUCGUUAUUCUCCUCACAAUAAUUUCACAACUCAUGAGGCAUUACUUAUUCCCAUCCAGACUUUUCAGGAGAUGAUAGACAUUCAUGCUAAUGACGUGACAUUGUGCAUAGAUUAAGAUUUCGUAUUUUAUUGCAUGAGACAUUUUCCAUGAGUUCCUGAGGGAAAAUCACACUGAAAUCCCAUUGCAGAGUGUUUUCAUUAGCCUGUCUGGGGCUAAUCAAGGUCCUCCAUCAUCUGAAUUGACAUUUUCAUAUUGUAUGAGAUAGAGAGUAGCCAACAUUAGCAUAUUCAUGAACACUGGGGCACUCAAUCAUGUGAAAUGGAAGACGUGGGGCAAACCCUGAGCAAUCAAGCCCCGGAACAAAUAGCUUAUGACAUGUGAGGAAAAGAGGAUCCUGAAUCCCUCAUCACAACUUCAGCACAUCCCAUAGCACACAGGGGAAGUCCAGCACUGGCACACUGAGGAUAUCUUUUAUAAACCUGGAAUGGGUUGUUGGCCUCUGGACCAAGCCCUACGACAACAGAAAAAUUAAAGAUGGAUUAUCGCUGAAAGCCACCAAAGCAGCUGCCUGUGCAUAAACCCCCAGACUCUCUCCAGGGAGACACCGCAGACUGAUUAGUAGAUUGUUUGGCUGUUGAUGUGGUGGCCUCUUGUGUGGUUGGUAUUCAAACAGAGUGAUGGAGAAUCUAGAUGAGCUGGAGCACCCUCUUCUGGGAGAAGUCCCCAAUAACAGCCGGGCAUCUGGGCCGGGAUUGGGGCCAGGGACAGGACAGAACCCUGGAGGGAUGUUCAAGGGCAUCCUGGUUAAGUGUGAGGAGGACAGGGCCUACCCUCCCUUAACAUGGAGGGGCUAUUGUGGACAUCCUCCAGAGCUCCAGCAGCAGCAGCUCCUGGACCCCUGCGCCUUGCCUCGCACUCUGGAGUCCUUUUACCCAACGGCUCCCAUCUGGGGACACUCAGACUCCCUGCUCAGCAAGGACUACCUGGAGACCACCUUUGUGGACAUCCGGCCCGGCUCCACCCUGGAGAGGAAGCUGCUGGCCGAGAGGCAGGACUACCACAGUGACUCCUACAGCGUAGACGAUGAAGACGAUCUGCUGCCGGACUCUGACGACUCAUCCAUUGAAGACUUCAGUGAGACAGACAGUGAGAGCAACUUCCCCCUGAUGAUCCCUCAGGACUACCUGGGUCUGGCCUUCUUCUCCAUGCUCUGCUGCUUCUGGCCCCUGGGCAUCGCUGCCUUCUACCUCUCACAGAAGACCAACAAGGCCUCGGCUCAGGGGGAUUUUCAGGGGGCCAACGCUGCAUCUCGCCAGGCUUUGUGGCUCUCCGUGCUCUCCAUCGUUUUCGGAAUCAUAACGUACAUCUGCGCCAUCGCUGCGUUGAUUUCCUACUUGUCCGGCAAACCCCCUUAAGACCAACUCAUUCACCAGAAUACACACACAAAAAAAAGAUGUACACACGUCACGGACACAACGUAUCACCUUUGUAUGUAAUAUAAUCCGUCCUUGUCUGUCGACCAUAUCUCCAGUCAUGUUUUUAUCUGCACCGCGCUUGGAGAAAGACUGGUGCUUAGAUUAUAAUCACUUGUAAUUGGAUUAGGACAUAAUUCAGCUCAGAGGACAUUCUUCGGACGUAAGGAAAAACCCUUAAACACCACUCCAUAGAAUUCUGUAAAUGUGAAUUUGUUUUCACUCGCCCGAGGACUUAAGUUCUGCCAUCCCUUAAAUGUGUACUGUAGUCGUCUUCACGUUAAACAUUACUGAAUAAAAAAGACAAAAAAGUGCCAUAAAAAGAACAACAACACUGUAGAUAUCACUGUCUCAACAACGGAGGAUAAAUGAUGAGAGGCAGAGAGAAAAGUAUGGGGACAUGCAGCCGUGAGCGAGGGGCGGAGUACGGCGACGGACACUGCAGAUUUACGAGGAGGUCACAGCAAGGACGAGGCGUCUAAAUCCUGACGGAGCUGCUGUGGGGUGAAAUCUGUGGACAGUUUUUAAGAUCCCAGGAGCUUUUUAUACGGGGGUCCAGAAGCUACUAUCCAAUAGAGUGGUGCAGUGAUGACUCCAGGAAAAAUAAUUAGCAUUUCCGCUUCUGGUUCCAUUGUCUAAAAGUCCGUUUUUUUUAUUGUGGUAAGAAGCCUGAAAGAAGGUCUGUGGUUAACACAAGCUGAAGAGAUUUUCACGUUUUGUUCCACGGCAAUACAUCAGUACUGUACAGUAAAUACCCUUCUGGGGAAUGUAACUAGGGUCUGAAUCACAGGGGUCAUUUAAACUGGGGAGGCUGGGGACAUGUCCUAAACACUUUGCAUUAGGAUAAUUUGUUGCAAAUGUUUUGAAAAUAGCGUGUUUAAAGAGUUGUACAGUUUGGGGUUUAUGUACAAUCGGGAGGACUGUUCACACUUCUUGGGUACAUUAUUCCUGGUAACCCGAGUGGUGCAAUUUGGACCAGCGACACGUAAUAAUUGAAUAGAACAGCGUAGCAUAGUUACUUUACUAGUUGUCAAAAGAAGUAUUGUGAGCAUGUUUUUAUGUAUUGUUUGCGGGGUGCGCUUAUCGCAGUAGUGUUUUUUUUAAUCGGAAAAAAGUGUCCCACCACUGAUUCAAACAAAAUGACGCCCAUGGUCUGAAUAAACUACUAAACAUAAUCACUCCGAACAUUAGCCGCCUUUAGCUUAGCGGUGGUGACGCGCAGCCAUUCGACCUGCUUUAGUUCAUUUAUAGGCUAACUUUAGCUUUUUCUUUGAUUUACAUUUAAAAAAUCCUGAAGGAUAUGUUGGAGAUUAUCCUGCUGAACAAUAAUGUGAAAGUAUCAUAAACGUGUUUGCGACAAAGCUUAUUUUUUGCAAUGUACUGAAAUCCAAUGGAUAAAUCCCAUUGCUUUUUGUCGAGGGAGCCCUUCUGAAGCUAACUUCCUGGUCUGGCCUACAAAGAUACGUCAUCACUGCACCACUCAAGGGACCUUCAGGGAACCGCUGCACUUCCUGAUUUUCACAUUCUUUAUCACUUAUUGUUUAUCUGCAGAAAGGACUGCUUUGUUCAAUGCCAAUCUUGUGAGUUAUCCUUAUGUCGAGCACACACUGACAAAACAUACAGUGCAGUUAUAUAAGAUAAAUAUUAAUGAGGCAAAUGCAAAGUCGUGAUGUGAACCAGCGGCUCUACACAUAAAGGAGCUGCUUCUGUAUACAGUGCUGACAAACUGAUGACAGAGGCUGCAGACCUGCGAGAAAAAGUGCCAAAAAUAUGAAAAUAAACUCUUAAAGAUGAUCCUUCUAUGAGUUGUUCCAUUAAUAGAAUCAAGCAAGCUGCCACACCACACUCUCUAAAUAUAGACUGCGCUCGUUUCUCCAAUAAAAAAAGACGACGUACCUCUUGCUGAAUUUGAAAAUGAAGCUGUGUAAGUGUUCAGAUGAGGUAAAGGUUAAAAUAAUAAUAAUAUUGUCUGGCAAGACACGCCAUGAGUCAGAACAAUCUCCAUUUGGGUCACGACAGAAACAUGCACGGCCAGUUUGUAGUUUGUUAACCUGCUGAAAGCUUCCAUCACGUCCUUUUGGACUAAAACAAAUCUUUGAUGAAAGGAAAGAACUCUGGCCAUAUUGGUUUGAGCUUAAAUGUGCCAUUAAAAAAAGCUGUGAACCUGAAAUAAAUAUUUUAAAAAAUGACUAUGGUACAAGUGGACAUUUUCUAUUUAGAUGUAUAGUUUUUAUAGUCCCUGGCUGAACUGCAAAUACUUUGUUUCCUGCAAACCCAGUGUUGCAUCAAGACUGAGCUGAUGAUAUAUUAUGGGUCCUGUAUGUGGACACUCCUGUGGUGUCAGUGUCUAACCCUGUCCACACAGUGAAGUCAACUCUGACAAUCCUCCAUCUCCAUGGACGUAAGAAAGAACGAAGGACCCUACUGAUUUAUGUAUGAGAAUUUAAUGUGGACUGUCAUGAGACGGGCUCCAGUCAGAUUUGUAUCACAUGUAUAGAUAAAGGUCAAAGGUUGUGAAAAAUGAGAUGUAUUAAUACAAGAGUUCUUGUAUAACAUGUAAAUAUUUAACUGAAAGAAAACUUCAUGAAUCCCAAUAAAUGCACUUGUUUGACAUUCA